AAGCUCACCCAAACGCCCCUGUAUUCUCAGAACGACAAAACAUCUUUUGAGUUGAAUAAAGUGUGUAAGAAGCUCUAUCCCAUUGUCUGCGCCGCCACUCCCACUGUCUCGGAGAAGCCAUUUGUGAACUGGGUCUCCUCAAGAAUCAGGUGUGCCCAGAUCUGCAUUACCGACAAAGUGCUGAGUUGAUUGAGGAUUGAGGGAGAGGGACUACUGAAGAAAGAUGGCAUGGAAAUGUGGAGCAAUUGCCGGACCACUUGGGCCGGGUUUGGUGCGUCCUGCUACUGAGGAAUUUACAAAAGAAGCAGUUACAGCCCUUAGAGCUGGCAAGGUCAUAGCUGUUCCUACUGAUACCCUCUAUGGAUUUGCUUGUGAUGCGUGUUCUUUGGGAGCAGUAAAUAGGAUAUAUGAGAUUAAAGGGCGUCAACAUACAAGUCCCCUUGCAAUCUGUGUUGGGGAUGUACAGGACAUAGGGAAGUUUGCAGUAACAGAUCAUCUGCCUUCCCGCCUGCUUGAUAAUUUACUUCCAGGACCUGUAACUGUGGUUUUAAGGCGAGGAGAUUCAAGUAUUUUGGAAAAGUCACUAAAUCCUGGAUUAAACAGCAUAGGAGUUCGAGUGCCUGAUAGCAACUUUAUUAGGUUAAUUGCCCGGGGUUCUGGUAGUGCACUGGCACUGACUAGCGCAAAUCUUAGUGGGAAGCCAAGCAGUGUAGACAUAAAAGACUUCCAGAAUCUGUGGGAACAUUGUGCGUACGUAUAUGAUGGCGGGGUGCUUCCAUCUGGGCGUGCUGGUUCAACAGUUGUGGACCUUACUAGCAUAGGAAAGUACAAAAUUCUGAGGCCUGGAAGUGCUGCAGUAGAAACUAUUGAAGUCUUGCAGAGACAUUCUCUAGUAGAGGACACAAUUGCUACCUGAAUAAAGAAAUGCUGGCUUUGUUAAUAAUUGAUGAUACAUCUCUUUACUUUAGGAUUGUCUACUAAUCCUCAAAACAGGGAAGAAGUGUUAGUUUGUUACCACCUUUUGAAAAUUGUAGCUUAAUCUAUGAUUUUUAUAUUGUGAAGUUCCAUUUUCAGGUUUAUAUAUACAGCCAUAUUCUGUUUGUACUAUGUAGGUUUCUUUAAUGGGCUGUCUUAUAACUUUGGAAUGAAUAAUAUAUCAUUAUUAUAUAA